AUGGGUAUACUGAAGUACCUGAUGGUAUGGAUGCCGAAUUGGGUAGCUUCCAAGGACAUACUGAGAGGUGUUUUAAAUCUAGAUUUCAAGAGAAGCGUUCUGGAAAUGAUGGUGAAUCACUUUCCUGUGAUAAUGGUGAUCACUGAAACAAGAGUUGGGGGAGAUAGAGCCAGGAAGAUUAUUGAAGACCUUCCUUUUGAUGGGUCUUUUGUGGUUGAUACAAUAGGAUACACUGGAGGCAUAUGGCUGCUCCGGAAGAAGGAUGAGGUGGACAUUUCAAUGAUCUCCUCCACAGAACAGGAAAUUCACACAACUGUGAAGGUAUGCUUUAAUAACAUUUCCUGGCUUUUAUCUUCUAUAUAUGCUAGUCCUCGUAUAGUUGAAAGGAAAAUUCUUUGGUCAAAUCUAUCGCAAGUAGCUCAAUUACACAAUAUACCGUGGUUGCUUUUAGGAGAUUUUAAUGAGGUUCUUAUUGGUGAGGACAAGUGCUUUGCUAACCCCUCUUGGAGAAUUCUUUUUCCAGAGGCUUCGGUGACGCAUCUACCCAGGGUUUUUUCUGAUCAUUAUCCUGUUUUACUGGAGCUUGCAAAACCACCUGCUGAAAUGAGAAACAAACCUUUUAGAUUUCAGUCAAUGUGGCUGCUGCAUCCUGAAUUUUCCGAUGUAGUUAAAGAUUCAUGGGAUAGGGAACCUUCACUCAAUAAUGCGAUUUCUAUUUUUACAAGGAAAGCCAAGCAUUGGAAUGUUAAUGUCUUUGGUAAUCUAUUUGACAGAAAAAGGAAAGUGCUUGCGAGACUAAAUAGAGCACAAAAAGCAUUAGCAAAUAAUCCUAGUGAUUCCCUUUUACAACUUGAGAAGCAACUGAUUGAAGAUUAUAACCUCAUUAUGCUUCAAGAGGAGGAGUAUUGGGCACUUAAGUCUCGUCUAAACUGGGCUUCAUUUGGGGAUAGGAACACAUCCUUCUUUCACGUUUCAACUGUGGUGAGAAGGAACAGAAAUAAAAUUAGGUGCAUUAAAGACAACAAUGGGGAGUGGAUCAUGAAGGAAGAGGGAGUUAAGGAGUUCAUUUUGACUGGAUAUAAAAAGCUAUUCUCUACUGAGCUGAAUUACUCUACUCUCUCUUCGAAGGUCAACCAUUUCUCUAGCUGCUUCGUGACUGAAGAGGAAAAAAACAGACUUAGUCAGCAAAUUUCGGAGGAAGAAAUCAGAGCUGGCCUAUGGGCUCUUAAGGCCUUUAAAGCCUCGGGGCCUGACGGUCUUCAUGCAGGCUUUUUUUAG